AUGUCUAACGUUAAAGUUUAUCUUAAACCUUUAUACACAUCUCAGUUAUUGCAAUUGGAAUUACAAUUGAGAACUUUGAAGAAUUUGCUUGAAAGCAUUAGUGAAGAUAAACCAGAAAAUAAACAAGAGAUAAUAAGUAAUCCAGAUCCAUCUUGUACUGAGUGUUAUCUGAUAACAGAACAACCUUCAGAAGCAUUUAAGAACUUUUGGUAUUUCUGGAUAGUUUAUGCAAUAAAAGGAGAACAGUUUAAUAAUAUAACUAUUAGAGCUUUUAAAAAAGCACUCACAUUAGAAGAAAACUCAAAAGCAUUAGAAAA